AUGGAGAUCACACGGCAUGAUGAAGAUGAAGUGUACGAGGUGUCACGGACCGGGAGUGUAGAAUCCUUAAACAGGUUGAUCGAAAAAGACCCAGACAUUCUAUGGAGAAUACCCCUGCAGACCGGCAUAACCGGAACUCCCUUGCAUGUUUUGGCUUUGCACGGCCACACUGAGGGCUGGUUUGAGGGGGUGGACGCCGAUAGACGCACACCCCUGCACUUGGCUUCUGCUAAGGGCCACAAGGAGACCGUCGAGGCUUUGUUAUCUGUGUACGCUGGUGUGUGCUCGGAUUUUGAUGAAAAUGGAAGAAUCCCUCUUCACUAUGCAGCCAUGAGAGGAGAAGUUGAGUUAGAGUGCUUGAAACUGUUGGCUGAUAGACUGUUGGUUGAAAGAGACGACAGAAAUGGUGAGUUCCUCAACUCAAGAGCUGGCUGUGAUGGUGGUGUGACCAUCCUGCACUUAGCUUUGAUGCUAAGGCAAAUUAAGACUAUACGUUACCUGCUUUCCGUUGAUGCUAUAAGAGCAGAAGCAACUGGUGUGAAUGGGAUGUCUCUGACCAUGUUAGAUAUCUUAGAGUACAGCAGCGUUGCCAGAGAGGACUUUAGCAGAAGCUUAGAAAUUCAACAGAUUUUGAUGGACGCAGGAUUAAUCAGAAGACAAAAUAAUGAAAAUGAUAAACCUAACUCAGAUGUUGCCGCCGCUGCUGUUGUUGUACAAGUAGCACCAUCGGAAAUGGGAUCAAAACCAGCAAGGUGGUGCUGGAUAAAAUUGAUGAAAUGGUUGAGAUAUCCGAGUAAUUGGGUGGUCGAGACACGUGGCAUGCUGAUGGUUGUGGCUACGAUGAUCUCGACCAUGACUUUUCAAGCCAUAGUCAACCCACCAGGUGGUGUUUGGGAAACCAAUAAUACAAACACUACCAUUUAUUAUUCUGGAACCAAUGAUAACAGACCAAUUUGCAGUGAAGAGAGAACAUGCAUAGCUGGAACUGCAGUGUUAAGCUACGGUACUGAUGACGUCUACAAUUACUUCGCCGCUUUCCUAACAUCCAAUACCAUCUCGUUCCUUGCUUCUUUGAGUGUUACCCUUUUGCUCGUUAGUGGAUUUCCUCUCCACAAUCGGUUCUGCACGUGGCUCCUAUCGAUGUCCAUAUGCGUCACUCUCACAUUCCUGGCACUCACCUACAGCUACAACCUUUGA